AUGGCGUCCAUAAAAGUUGUUGAAGCUAUUCCGAUGGCAUAUUCAACUAUGUCCUCCACAAUGAUGCCAUUCUUAUACCAAACUAGGACAAUCGCGGGCCUACAUAGAUCUAUUUACAGUAAAAGAUAUCGAAGCAGGGCUAUACCUUCGAUUCAUGGAGCAAACUUUCAUACCUCUUUACCCCGAGUCAAAUACGAAUCGCAAAACGGAAUUUAUGAUGGCGAGGAUAAUACUGGGCUUCAAAUCAGGAGGAGAGCUAGCCCUAGGGGUGGCCAUUCUCAUAAAUCUAGAUUUCGUCCAAGGAUGGUCACUGAUGAUUACAAACUCGAUCUCGAAAAGAGUGAACUGGAAUCGGAAGGCAAUAUCGCACAGUCUGGGGACAUUGGCUUCGAGGAAGAUGACCAAACCUUGAUAGAAUAUGGCACAGAAAUCGACGCAUUGGCAAGUCCGCACUAUCCGCAGCGCGAGUCCACGAUUACAGAUUCGGAAAGGCACACGUUCAAUCGUAUAUUCACAGAUAUAUUCGCGCGGACUCAAAGAACAUCUUUGGAAGACGUUGAUGAAGGCAUGGAAGACAUGCCUCCAACAAACAGGGAGAGUGCGCGCAACAAGCUUGACAAUAUAAUGGAGCAUUCGCUAUCAAACAAAAAAAAUCGAAGCAAGAAGGAACAAGAAGCCGAAAUUAGUAGAUAUCCACCAGCUCUUCGUGCCGCAGCUGCUAGAGCGAUUGGUCUUGUUCUAGAAGAGGAAUCAGAGCCUACAGUGGAAACUCCGGAAAUGGGCCUCGACGCACAGGAACAUUUGCGAGAACCUGAACGCCAACGAGUAGAGGAUUUGUUACGCAAUGCCAAUACGGAUUUUGAGCUCUGGGAUGUUCUGGAAAAGGAAGUGUUCCCACUUGUUGCAAAAAUGGGUCUAGCAGAGACAAAAGAGAGCCGAGAUCAGCUGAGAAGAGGAAUAGAAGACUCUGGCGUUCUUCCAGUCGAAGAGGAUUCCACCACUGCUAAAAACACCGAGCCUGAGAUUUCUCCACUAGCAUUGUAUGGCCCCCUCUACCCAUCGCACCUUCUCCUUGGCCUUCGUCUCCUCGAUCGAGGGUUCAGCAAACCCUCCCAGCUUUCUAUCUCUAUCCUUCCGCGGAUCAAAUCUUUUGGGCUGCUCUCCCAUGUCUUAGGCGCCUCUACACCUCUUUACAAUGAGCUUCUACGUGUUUACUGGAUACGAUACGACGACUUUCGAACUUGUAUAGACUUACUAAAUGAGAUGGAACAUGCAGGCCUCGAGUUUGAUUCGGAGACGUAUGAGAUUGUUAAUAGUAUUUUAAAAAUCAGGGCUUUCGUAUGGAAGGGAGACGCAGGCCGGAACAAGAUACCCAUGUGGUCUUUGCCAGAGUUUCAAAGGUCUCGCCAUCUUGAGUUUUGGCAGGAAAAGAUUGGAAGAGUGUUGAAAAUAAAGGAGAAAGGAGGAAUGGUUUAG